GACUAUCCCCCGCUCCUCCGUAACCAAACCCACUCUUUCAGUCGGCGUCUGGAGCUCGCCUUGGCGUUUUUUGCCCCUCACCUUCCCUGCGUGUCCCCGGCGUUUUAAAUCCAAACACGAAAAAAGAGAGAGAGAGAGAGAGAAAGAGGAAGACGCAGACGCACAUGGGAGAAGGCAAGAUUUUUUUCAUUCCUGCACGUCGCGCGAUGGCUUAUAUAUGAGGAGGACACUUUGGGAUGUGGACAUAAACAAGCUGUCUCCACGGCGAGAAGCGCAUGAGAAAACACAACGCCGCCUCCGACACCGAGAAGGACUCCUCCCCACCUCGACCGUGACACCUCUGGUAAAUCGCUGAGAGAGGAUACCAGUCUCUUUUAUUUCCACGCUGGAGUCGAAAAGACCCGAGUCUAACACUGUCAUUCAAAUGCCAGUGGCUGGCUGACUGACUCUAUGGCUUUAAAAAGUUGCCUGGAGAACAUGGACAUCUGACGUGCGCCACACGGCGUCAUUGGACACAUUGAGCCUCUCUCUCUCUCUUUUCUCCAUCACAUCUCGGACUGACAAAUCUCCCCCUCCUGCGCUUUGGGUAUUGGAGUAAGAAGAAGUGUUCAGCAGUUGUCAUUCGCCCUGACACAGGCUACAUCCAGUAGCUCCCUGCAGAAGGGGGAACAUUAUCGCCACCACAGAAGACGCUGCCUGUUGUGCUGCGCAUUUGUAUGUGCUGAUCUCACUGCUUGUGCAUUAGAGGGAGAGAGAUAUUUUGUCAGCCUCACCACGGAUUUGUCACAGCUGACAUCCCGCAUGAAAUAAAGCCCGUGAUUCAUCUGGACCCUCGCCCUGCAUCAGAGAGAGAGAAACGCAGUGACGCGUUGGUUUUUGUAACUUUACAUUUCUGUUCAGCCUGAACAAGUGUCAGCUCAAGUCUCCCCCCCUCACCCCCUUUUCCUCUUUGAACGGUCACAGUUUUGCCGUCUCUUUUUGGUGUUUUCCGUGUGUUGUGCGCAUUUGUAUCCGUGUGGCAAACUGCGCCAGAAACGCGCGGCUACAUGUGAAUGAGACUUCGUCACCUGUCCCGGCUUGAAGCGCUCGUACAACUCGACUUGACUGACCCCCUCCUAUCCCCCCUCCCCCCCGUUCCUAUACACACACACUCUCACACACACACCGAAGAGGAAUACGUGCCGAAGUUUUUGCUGUAGUGAUGCUGCAAGUGGAAAUGGUCCUCUUUGUCUGCCUGGUGCUGUUGAUGUGUGUUUUUAGCCAGGAGCCCAGUUCCAAAGUGGUGGCCGACCGCUACGCUGUCUUCUGGAACCGGACCAACACCAAGUUCCAUCGUGGGGACUACCACAUCGACGUGUGCAUAAAUGACUACCUGGAUGUCUACUGUCCCCACUAUGAAGACACUGUUCCUGAGGAGCGGACGGAGCGCUACGUCCUCUACAUGGUCAACUAUGAUGGCUACAGCACAUGCGACCACACCGCCAAGGGCUUCAAACGCUGGGAGUGCAACAGGCCGCACUCCCCAAAUGGACCGCUCAAGUUCUCGGAGAAGUUCCAGCUCUUCACUCCCUUCUCCUUGGGCUUUGAGUUCAGACCGGGCAGAGAAUACUACUACAUCUCCUCCACCGUCGCUGAGAACGGGAGGAAAACAUGCCUGAAGCUCAAAGUUUUCGUCCGACCAUCAAACAGCUGUGUGAAAACUAUAGGCGUACAUGACCGCGUUUUUGAUGUAAACGACAAAGUAGACAAUACAUUAGAACCACGAGACGAUACCAGUCAUGAACCAGCUGAGCCUUCCCGAAGUGAAACAAAUGCUGUGCCACACCUGCAGAAAACAAGUCCGCUCCUGGCUUUGUUGCUGGUCUGCCUAGCAGCACUCUUCACUUUAUAGCGCCUCCCUCUGUCCUGGAGGGCAUUUACACCUAGUGUGGCCUGAAUCUGCCCGAGGCUGCAGGGAAAGGGGGGGUGGGCUUUGGAUGCAGCGUGUUCGCUUGAUUGGGCAUCAGAGCAGGCUUCUCAAGGAACCCUCUAUUUUUUUCAGAAAAAUAUUUAAGUGGUCUUUCUCCGUCUGUGAGUGAAAAAAAGUUGAUGUUGGAAGGGGGAGAGACAGUUUCCCCCUCUUAAACCUUCAACUAAGAUGCCAAAUCUCGUUUUUUGACACUUAGUGAUUCUUAUUUUCCCGUGACUUGACAUCCCUUUACAUCACGUUUAUGUCAUUGCAGCACUGAUGUUUACCCACACAUACACAUACAGUAUAUACAUAUACUGCUUACAUAGUCAAAUACAAAAAUGCCUCUACACUAACAGUGGAUAGCAGUAGGGUUUUUACAGUUGUAUACAGUAGCAGCGUUACACAGUAGGAAAGUGAUGAUUCUAGGUCUUAGAAAUGACUGUACAUACACACAUAAAUAGUUUUCCCGAGACCUCUCAAGAAGCCUUUCAGAAAAUAUUUUUGCCAAUUUUCUCUUGGAUAUAAAGUUUGUGUAUAGGUGGAUAAAGCUACUUAGUGAUUGAGCGGGGCAACAUUUUUCUCGUCCUCCUUUGUGUAGAGCGUGCUCAACAAAACAGAUCUCAAAGCACUUGGUUCAAUCUGACUCACAAAACAGCUAAAUUGAAACUUCUCACUAGAUAUUUUGCAGACUGCUAUAAAGAUCAAGGAUCAAUAUCAUUUUAAAGCUGAUCACACAAUUUCACGGCAACAGUCACAGUCAUUGUAUUCUAUGUUUAGGGCAGCAAUUGUUGUCUGUUCCAUUUGAGUAUUAGUCAAUAUUAACACUCCCAUAAACGUUUGCAUCCACAGCUUCACCAUUGAUUGUUAAAGCAAUUGUUUAAAAAAUGAUUCACAGUGAAAUUGGACACUUUAUUUUUUUUCCCUAAACCAUUUAAGUUAUUUUACUUUGCCAAUGGUGUCUCCAAACAUUGUCUUUCACGUUGCAGUUUCACAUUUUACUUUGUAUUUUUGCACUGUCUGUGAUCCACUUAAAUGAGAACAAUAAGAGAGGUCAUGGGAGGGUGUUUGAAAAGAAACAUCAUUUCACAGUACCAAACUUUUUCCUCACACCUUUGUCCCUUAAAAAUAACAACAGCUUUGAAUCGUGCUCAUCAAAUUAGAGUUAGCUUUAUCUCACAUUCAUUUUAUUGCAGCAGUUAGUGUUAGCGAAUACAGGACUGAUCCAUAGCUCCAAUUAGUUGAAAACACACAGCAUGACGAGAUAAACUUUACCUUUUAAUUCAAGGCAAUGCACAGCUCUGUUUAGUUAGAUUUAUGUUAGCACUUACAUUCAAAAGGAAUUCACUGUGUAAUAAUGAUAUUCAGCUUCCUUCAGCUCCCACAGAUGCACAUGGUGAGUUAGCAUAAUGAAAGCUAUUAUGUCUUCUUUUUUUUUUUUUUCCAAACGGCGGCGCUUGUUUCUUUGCUUUCAAAGAAGCAUGGACAGAUAGAGAAAUUAACUCUGCUGAAACUGACUUCCUUUCAGAGCCCAGUUUUGUAUGAGAAAUAGGGCACCAAUUGGUUUGGAAAGACAGACAGAAAAGAGAGAAAUAGAGCAAGAAAAGGAGCACAGGAGCAAUUGCAUGUCCACCCUCAGCUCCUAGUGUUACUGGUUUAAGUGACUCUUUAAUGAGGUUCAAAAUGACAGGCAUGUGGACCCCAUGUUGUGGCAAGGGGAGUUAUUUCUGGUAUUAAAAAUAGAUGGUGGAAGGCUUGGGGGGUCUCGGGAGGGAGGGUGUAGAUUUCCACCGUGGGGGGUUUUAAAGCACCAAUGACCUUGCAGUUUGAGAGAAUUGGUGAGUGAAGGAGAUGGAAAGAAUUAAACAGAGAGAUGCACACACAGAGAAAAGACAUGGGAGGUAGCCGAAGGUAGUGUGACUAGAGUGCCUAACAAAACAAAACAAGAUAAAACAACUAAAAAUCCAUGCAACACUACUGGAAAAAACACCUGAUUCAGUGACUAAACAUAUUUUUCAGUAAGAUUCAGUCUUAAAAGGCAUGAACUGUUUUGUUUUUGCUUUGUUUUCAUUUCUGUGGCUGCCUUUUUUUCUAGGUUUUUUUUUUCUUCCCCCAGAAAGACUGCCUUUGCCUUUUGCCAUUUGUUUUUUGUGCUACGGUAACAAUGCUAUUACAAUGGAAUAGCAGCUCAGCUAUGGGGGGGUAAUAGGAGACGAGGCCAUUUAAUGAGGUACUAAUUUUCAGGAUAACACCACAGGGAAUGAGCACCGCAUAAGAUUCAAAGUGGACGCUUGUCAGCAGAUUAACACUAGACUUUUAUCAGAAACCAGCUUCAAUUGUACUCUCUUAUAGUUACCAAUACUACUAUUUGUCAUUAUUGCUAUUAUUACCAUGAUUUAUUCUGUACACACCUUAACUUGGGAAAUGAGGAUCAACUUAUAAACUGGAUACUGUGUAUCCUGAGGUAGUCAACCAUAAAACAUGUAGUGUUAGGUUAGUAUCUGUUUUGUACCUUUCUGGAGGACAAAAGAAAAAAAUGAGAUACAUCAUUGUUAAAACUGUAUAAUUAUUAUUAUUGUUAUGAUGAUGAUGAUGAUUAUGACUAUUAUUAUUAGGAAAACUUCUUGAUGUAAAUAGUGUUUGAUAUUAAAGUAUUAAUUUGGUUCUUAUGUCUUUUCUAAAAAAUGAAUACGGUAUUAUCUCUGGGUUUUGCGGAGUGUGUACUGUCCUCAAACAACGCAUUGUGUGCUUUGAUCCUCAAUGCCUAAUGAAACUUUGAGCUAAAACAAAGGGGAAACCUGUGGGAAAGUGUACACAUACUAGUGUACAGAAGGCUGGACAUUAGCCAACAAGUGGCUCACCUGUUACAUGUUUCAAACCAGUCACCGACCUUCACCAUCUCUUCACAUAAGGAUCCUGCCUUGGAAAGAAACACUUGGGACUUAAUGGAUGGCUUAUUUGUACUUAUUUGCCUUCAACGUUUGAAAGCAUGUUGGUCAGCUAAACAAUCUGCCAUGAGUGGACUGUUGGCUUUUUAAUGGAAGGAUCUCGCCAGUUUCAUUAUGUGGCAUGCGCAUGAACUUGAUGACAUGUAAAAGAAAAAAAAGAAGAAAAAAAAUCAAAAAAAGUUUUAAAAAGAACGUUUUCUUUUGCUCUUAUUUUCUUUUUCUUUAUAACGUAUUAGAUUUUCUGAUCACUUUCAUGUUGUGUGUUUUUUGCAUCCCCAUUUGAGUGAUGUCAUGAAGCUGUGUAGUUACAGAUGACAAAUGUACUGUACAUAACACAAACCAUUGUUGUGAAGUUACAGUGGGGGUGGGUCAUUUUGUAGUUCAAAAACAACUUUUAGUUUUCAGUUUCCUAAAGAAUGACUCUUUCUGUACCCAUCUACUGAAUUCAUCCCAUGUAGCUGCAGUCUGUCUCCUCCUGACUAUUCAUCCUCCCUUAGCUCUCCCAAGAGGAGGUGUCUGGGAGUGUAUACAUCAAUGUGUGGACGUUUUUCAGUGUGGAAAAAAAAAAUGUGUGAGACCUUUGAGUUUGCGUGUGUGCGUGUCUCAUUUGCUGUUGCCGCAGUGAAUGGGAAGCGGCAACCCUCUUUGGCAAAGAAGAGUGUUUCCCAUGCCUUAGCCCUUCAGCCUCUGCCCUGGCAGCCCUGUCUGUGUACAAGACGCUUUCUGCCAUUGUGCUUUUACAUGGAAUGGCUGCUGGCGUCGAAGAGACUACAACAGGGCCCUUCACUUUCUCUCCCUUUUUAACAACCCCUGAAUCACUUGUCCCUACGGUAUACGUUGGUCCUGGUUACAGUUCGAGGAUUAGUGUGCCCCCUCUGCCAAAUACCUAAGGCGGAUUGUUAGCGGGGUAAAGCCUAUCAUCGAUCCAGGUUCUGUGCAUACGGGGGCAAAGCCUCUCUUCGUCAGCUCCCCUCUUGCUGAUGAGCCACUUGUUAAUUUUUGUGCACCUGUCCUGUCCCAUUGUGCUUUGUAUAACCUCCACCACACCACCUGCUGUCCUUCUUCUUCCCUCACCUUUGAACCCCGCUCCCACUUUGCCAUCAGUGGGGAAUAUUUCCAACCUGCUCUUUUACAGUAUAUAAACGACAACAAAAAAUUUGACAAAAAAUUAUCUGUAUUUGUAUAUACACGUGUCUGAGCAACUAUGAGUAAUACAAUAAAACGGAAAUACAUUGCUUUGA